AGGGACAGAGCGCACAGACUAAGCAGUAGGGCGCAUAAUCGGCGAUGCCCAACGCUCGAUACCCGCUACAGGUAUAUAAGGGCUUGAAGCCCUCCAAAGAAAGGGACUGGUCCUCGCUCCUCACUUUACACUUUCUACUAUCUCUCUAUACUUUAUCUCUCUAUCUAUUCUCUCAACUCUCUCCACGAACAGACACUAACUUGACCGUCGGAGCUUAA